AUGAUGCCAGCAGGGGAUGAUGAUGGCGACAAGACCGCGCUCGCAGGGGGCGACCCGCUGGAUUUCUUCGGAGCCAUCCGCAACCUAGUCGAGCAGAGCAUUCAGCCGGAAGACCUCCGGAAGUACUCUUCCCAGCAGCCGUUGGAGGUCCCUGUGGUCAACAGCAGCAGCAGUUUCGGCGGUAUCGUUGUGGAAUUACAGGCCGAGAACGACAAGCUGCGACAGAGGGUGUUGGAGUUCGAGAGCGCAAGGCCUCAACGCGAGCAGGCGCGCCAGCUGCUUUCUGAAGCUGAAACUGCGCUCGACCAAUCGAAAACCGAGCUGUCCAGCGUCAGGGAGGCCGCCGCCCGAGACCUCAGCUUCCAAGCAUCACGGGCAAAGGCGGAGGCGGCCCUCGCACGAGCCGACUCCGAGGCUACCCUCGCCCAGCUGGGAGAAGAGUUCCGCAAGUUCCGGGAGAAGACCGCUGCCGAUGAGGAAGCCGGUGCGGCGAGGCUCGAGUCGCUGCGGGGGGCGCUGGCCACAGAGCGCGACCAGCUGUCGGCCUUGAAGCGCGCGAGGGAGGAAGACGUCCAGCGACGGACGGUCGAGGCAGCGGCCGCCGCAGCAGCCGCGGACGUUAGUCUCGCAGAGGCGAGGGAACGGUUUCGGGUCUUCCGGGAGGAGGUUUCCGCCAGGGAGGAGGCCGGGGCGGAACGGGUCCGGUCGCUGCGGGAUGCCCUGGCCGCCGAGCGGGAGAAGUCUUCUGCGUCCACGACGGCGAGCGCGGCGGCCCAGAGGCAGCUGGAAGACUCCCUGGACGGAGUUCGCGAGGAGUUCCGCGCGUUCCGGGAAGCUGCUUCGGGGGUUAGUGAGGCGAAGAUCUUGGCGGUGGAGGAUGACCUGGCUGCCGAGCGCGAGCGGUUUGAGGCAAGCGAGGCAUCGAGGGAGCAGCUGGAAGCUGAGCUCGCCGCGCAGGGGAAGGCUCUCGCCGAGAUAAGAGACGAAGCGCGACUGCAGGCAGUGCAGGGGGACUUGGCGAGGGAGCAGGAGCUCAGGGAGGCCAGUGAGGCAUCGAAGAAGCAGCUGGAAGCCGACCUAGCAAAGCAGGGUGCAGAGCUCGCCAAAGAACGCGAAGAUUUCCGCGUCUUCCGUGAGAACGUUGAGGGGCUGGGGCAGGGUGACGACGCGCAGCUUCGGAAGGUGGAAGGAGAUCUUGCCGCCGAGCGGGAGCAGUCUGCGACGCUCAAGAAGACCCUCGAGGCAUCGAAGGAGCAGCUGGAAGCCGAUCUAGCAAAGCAGGGGGCUGAUCUCGCCAAAGAACGGGAAGAUUUCCGCGCCUUCCGUGCGAACGCUGAGCGGCUGGGGGAGGGCAAGGACGUGCAGCUUCGUACGGUGGAAGGAGAUCUGGUCGCCCUACGAGAGCAGUCUUCUGCCCUCAAGAAGACCAGCGAGGCCUUGCAGGAGCAGCUGGAAGCAGAUCUCGCCAAGCAGGGAGAAGCUCUCGCCAAAGAACGGGAAGAUUUCCGCGUUUUCCGUGAGAACGCUGAGGGGCUGGGGGAGGGCAAGGACGUGCAGAUUCGGAAGGUGGAGGGGGAUCUUGCUGCCGAGCGGGAGCAGUCUGCAGCGCUCAAGAAGACCUUCGAGGCAUCGAAGGAGCAGCUGGAAGCCGACCUCGCCAAGCAAGGGGAGGGUUUCUCCGAAGAACGCGAAGGUUUCCGCAUCAUCCGCGAGAAAGCUGCGAAGGUGGAACAGGAAAGCGCGACACAGCUUGGGAGGAUUGAAGAAGAGCUGGUGGCUGAGCGAGAGGAGUCUGAAGCGCUCAAGAAGGCCCUCGAGACAUCGAAGCAGGAGCUGGAAGCCUAUCUCGGAAAGCAAGGAGAGGCUCUCGCAAAAGAACGGGAAGACUUCCGCGUGUUCCGUGAGAACACUGAGGGGCUGGGGGAGGACAAGGACGCGCAGCUUCGAAAGGUGGAAGGAGAUCUAGCUGCUGAGCGGGAGCAGUCUGGAGCGGUCAAGAAGACCCUCGAGGCAUCGAAGGAGCAGCUGGAAGCCGACCUCGCAAAGCAGGGAGAGGCGCUUGCCAAAGAACGUGAAGACUUCCGCGUGUUCCGUGAGAACGCUGAGGGGCUGGCGGAGGGCAAGGACGCGCAGCUUCGGAAGGUGGAAAGAGAUCUAGCUGUUGAGGGGGAGGAGUCUGAAGCGCUCAAGAAGACCCUCGAGGCGUCGAAGGAGCAGCUGGAAGCCGACCUCGGGAAGCAAGGGGAGGCUCUCGCAAAAGAACGUGAAGAUUUCCGCGUGUUCCGUGAGAACGCUGAGGGGCUGGGGGGGGGCAAGGACGCGCAGCUUCGGAAGGUGGAGGGGGAUCUCGCUGCCGAGCGGGAGGAGUCUGAAGCGCUCAAGAAGGCCCUCGAGGCAUCGAAGGAACAGCUGGAAGCCGACCUCGCAAAGCAGGGAGAGGCUCUCGUCAAAGAACGGGAAGACUUCCGCGUGUUCCGCGAGAAUGCUGCUAGCUCCCGCGAGGCUCUGAGGCGCGCAGAGGCUUCCCUUGCAGCAGAGCGCCAGAAGUUUUCCGCGGCGAAGCGGGCGAGCGAAGCGAAGAUAAAGCUGCUGCGCGCGGCGGCGGGUAGGGCAGACGAUCUCGAGGACCAGCUGUCAGCAAAGUCCCUCCGCCUCAAGCAGAAGGAGGCCGAAGCACGCGUGCUCGCGACGGACGGCAAAGUGGUGAGGGGGCUCCGUGAGAGCCUCACGUGCAAGGACAACGCGCUUAACGAGCUCAGGCAGGAGCUGGGCAAUCUUCGCGUUGCGUCCGCAGCGGCGGAAGCGGGGGGAGCGCAGGCAGCCAUGGCCACCCGGAAGCAGCAGCAGCAGCAGCUCUACGGUAACGUGGGGUCCUCCGAACGACGCUCUAUCGGGAUGCCGGGGUCGGCGAGUAGGCGGGAGAACGCGGGAGGCAGCGAUGAUGAUGGUGCUGCUGUCGCAGGUGGGGACAUGACGCGGACUUUUUCUUUGUCAUCCGAGGAGGAGAUCGAUUCGUCUGGGGAGAGCUCCGGGCUUGGGGCUAUCGUCGAGGAGGCUGACAGCAGCGGCACGGAGAGCUCGGCAGCAGAGGAGGAAGAUUCGGACAGCGAAGGGGAAGAAGGAGGGGGUGUGGCCGGCUACGGGGGCAAGAUGAGCGUAGUGCAGGAAGGGGACGAGGAGUCCGAGUCCGAAGGGGGGAGAAGUAGCGUUGACGGUGAGCAAGAGGGAUCCGACAGGACCGUCGAAAAUGGAGAGCUCUCGGCUGACGACGGUAAGGACGCCGGCGCCGGCGCCGCCCGGCUGUCGCUGUCGCCCUUAGCACCCCGACUGGACUACUCCGAAGACCGGCCAUCUGCCGACCCACCCGUGUCGGCUACCUACGCCGCCGCUGCCGCCAUGUUCGAUCGAAACGAAGACCAAAAGGUCGGAGUCCACCGCGGUGGAAGGAGUACCUCUGCCCGCCGCCUCAGCAUGUCCCUGUCCCCGCCCCCGGGGGCAAGGCGGUCGAGGGGGGCCCGCGCUAGCGUGGCUCCCGGGGGAGGGGGGUACCGCCCCGGCGGCGGCGGCGACGGUGGCGGUUGCGCCAAGAGCCUGUCGCCGUUGCCGCUCAGGGGCGGCAAGAAGUCGAGGGCCAGCUGGUCGCCCGGGGCGGGGUUGCUGCCGCACGCCGCCGCGCGGCUCGCCCAGUCGCCGCCGUUGAGCUGUCUGUCUCCUAUGGUGAGGCUCGCGCCCGCGGAUCACGGGCUCGGGAGAGAGGGGAACACGGUUGUGCUGGAGCUCGGCGCGUGGAGGGUGAGGGCGGGGGUCGUGACGCCGUCCGGGGAGGAGGGUAAGUCGUCGUCGUACUUCGAUGACUUCCCCUGCUGCGUGGCGAGGCCUUCGAGGGAAGGGGCGGACCUGGACGAGCUCGUUAACGGAGCGUCGUCGCUGGCGGCGCCCAUGUACUCCAAGUUCCGAGACACUGGCGUUUUCGUGGGAGGGGACGCGUGGUACUGCUGCCUGGACCACCCUUCCAUCGCCCUGCGCUCCAAGCUCCGACUAUCGUGCCCGAUGAGGAGGAGAGACCAGCCGCCGAGCAGGGAGGACACGGAAAGACUGGCGGACCACGCGUACGGCCUGCUUAAGCAGGAUUCCAGCCUGUCCCCCACCCUGCUCACGUACAAGCCCACGGCCACUGUGGACGAGGUGCUCGCUCUCGCGUCGGUUCUGCUAGAGGUCCACAGGGUUCCAGCGAUUCGCAUGGUAAACGAAGCGCAGCUGGCCGCUUUGGCGGUGGGCGUGAAGGUCGGCGUUAUCGUAGACAUCGGCGAGUCCGGGGUGUCGGUCACGCCCAUCUUCGACGGAUUCCCGGUGCCACCGGCGGUGAGGUCGGAGUGUUGCGGGGGAGGGGACGUGACCAAGUUCCUGGACUACAUGCUGCUGAGCCGCACCAACGAGCACUUCAACCAGAUGACCGAUCGGAGACGGCUGGAGUACACCCGCGAGAUGAAGGAGGAGCAGUGUUACGUGCCCCUGGACUUCGCGCUGGAGGUGGAAGAGUACGGCGCGUUCAAGAGGAAGGCCAUGCGGGUUUGCAAGGGGGCGCAGGCGUCGCCGAUGCUCUCCGGCUACGAGGCUUGCGACUCGAGAGACUUCAUCGACGAGACGGACAAGGACGAGGAGGUGACCAAGACCAAGACUUUCACGCUAAAGUCCGGGAGCGAGCUCGAUGUCAAGAUCGGCCGGGAGAGGUUUCACGCCCCGGAGAUCUUGUUCACGCCUGGGCUUUGGAACGAAGGGGGCGUGUCGAGGAGUCUCUCUCAGGCGGUGCUUGAUGCGCUCGCAGAGCUCGACUCUGACACCAAGGCAGACAUGCUCGACGACAUCGUGGUGGUGGGAGGGUCGGCUCGGAUGGAUGGGCUCGGCGACAGGCUGGAGGAAGACCUGAAGGCGAUGCUGCCGGAGUGGAUGAGCGAGAGGGUCGACGUUCGGGUGCCUGCCGCUGACGAGCUAAACCACAGGUUUGUCCCGGUGAUGAAACCGUUCUUGGAGAAGGCUGAGAAGGAGGCAGCGGCGCUCAAAACCAGGAACCGGACGUCGCGCGGCGAUCCCUCGGCAGUAACGGUUGGCGCCGAGAUGUUGCUGGAGGAGGGAGCCGGCAGCAACGACGCCGGCACCGAUGGAGGCGACUGGAUCACCACGGCUCAGUGGGCCGAGACGCCGGAGGUGAGCAUUUUCGUGUAGAGACCCAUUUUGCGGACGUUUCGGUCAACAGCGUUGAUCAGGUGGGAGACAGAACGGUCCUCGAAACGGUCCUGCGAACCUGGAGACGAUGCUGAUUGGUUGAAUAAUGGUAGUAUUUUACAGCCUUCGUGCACGAUGAAGGUAUCGAACCUUGACGGUGCGACUCUUUUUUUCACCUGGGUCUGCCUGUGCUAAUAUUUUCAUGUUCAUUCCUUCCCCCUAGCGUUAAAACUGUUAUGUUGGAGCGGGCAUACGUGCUGGUGUUUGCCGAUGGCAACCCACGCUUUGAACCUCAUGGUGUCAAGGUAGUAAACGUUUUUUAGCAACUUUAUGUGUAAAAUAUACGACUCUGUAUGCGUGUCGGGUGGGUGGGUGUGUCAAGAUGUGCGUGUUUUUAUUGAUUGCAUGAAUGGACUGCGCAAAAUGUGCGUGUGCAUGUGUUUUUAUUGUUGGCAUCGACCGCGCAGAUGUGUGCGCGCGCGGUUGUGUUUGCACCAUUCGGUGUGUGUUUGGCGUUCUGCUCAAACUCUGGUGGCAUGUAGCACAAGAAGUUUUGUUUUUAGGAUUUUUUUUCCGAUUGUCCGACCUUCUUCCCCCCUGCGGUGCAUACCUUCGAUGUUUAACGCGGGAAGGGUCCGUCUAUCUUGGCAGCUCCUUCCCUCUUAUUGUGCUAGGGAACUCACGUUGCGUACCACAGAGUUGUUGCAAAUUGUUCGCUCCCUAGAAGAGUGAUCGAUCUCACAACCGGUUCCUUUGUAGGUUUGCCAGGAGACCCACUACUUCAGGACGCCUCUAACGCAGUUCCGUUCCGGUGACAGCUCUCGCUAACAGUCAGUCAGUGUAGUCUACGCAUUGUCUUUCUUGUGCUGUACCUCGUCAUAUUUGGUCAUAGAAAUUCGUCCAAGGAAUUCGGCAAAGAGACUCCCCUG